AUGAGGUUCUCCCUAGCUCCCGCCCUUGUGGUGACACUCGCCGCCCAGGCUACAGCUAACAGCUGGUUUGGAAGUGCCGUCUACGACAAGUGGCACGAGACGGAGCUGGAGCGAUGGCUCAAGGACCACAACGUUCCUCACCCAGGCCCCUCUGAUCGUAAGAGCCUAGUCAACACUGUCAAGGCCCACUGGAACGACAAGGUUGUCACACCCUACACUAGCUGGGAUGUCACAACCCUCGGCAACUACUUGUCCCUCAAGGGCCAGCAGGCGAAGAAGGGCACCGAGCAAGAUGCUAAGAGCCUGGCCGAGCAGGUCAAGGUGUACUGGACUGAGACCGAGGACUCUGCCAACCAGGCCUAUGGUAGCGUCAAGGACUGGAUUUUCGACUCCUGGUCCGACUCUCAGCUCAAGGCUUUCGCCGACAAACAUGGCAUCCCCGUUCCUCAGCCCCGCCAGCGUGAUUCCCUUCUCGCUGCUGUUCGCAACAAUUACCAGUCUGUCGCCGAGAAGGCCAAGGAGACCGUCAACUACCCUGGUGAUUGGUUGUAUGAGACCUGGUCUGACUCUGAUCUCAAGUCUUGGUUCGAUGAGCGUGGCUACCCCGUUCCCCAGCCCUCUACCCGCGAUUCUUUGAUUGCCAGUAUUCGUCGCCAGUCCCGCCUCGCUAGCUUGAAUGCCCAGGGUGCUUACGCUUCUGUCUCCUCCGCUGCCGCCGAUGCCCAACAGAGCCUCAGCGAUGCGCUCCUUGACUCGUGGUCUGACAGUCAGAUCAAGGAGUGGGCCGACAAGAAUGCACCGUGCUCGUCUUUAUGGUGA